AUGCUCUUCCCACACAAGAGAUUGUUAAAGCGAACAAAAUUCACAUCGAUUUCUCAUCGCCUCUGCUACCUUCAGAUCCGCAACUACAAUGGUAACAUGGCGCGGCACGAGACGCACCUAUACGAGUUCAACUUGCAGAUCAGGAUUGCUCAAGGCGGACUCAAAUACCUGCGUCCGGAUCAUCAGUGGAUUCCGCAGCAAACGGUCGUGAUCAGAGAAGCUUACAAUCCGCAAACUCACGUUCGACUGAGUGGCUCGUGGAUGCGAAACGUUGUUUAUACGGCGACAGCGCCGGAUAACCUGGGAUUUUUGUACCUGGCAGAGCCUAUUACGGCUCUGAGAGGCAUGUUGCCCACGGUAAAUGUGCGAGAUGCCCGGAUUCUUGCACCUUUUAUACCGCAAGGGGGACCGAAUGCGACUUUCCCCCGGCCGCUUUGA